AGCUUUGGCAUUCCUUGUGUGCACCUAGGUCGCAAGGAUAUUCCCUAGAGUUCGGUCCUGUGGAUGUACCGUUCGCUAGUCUACAAACUUGGGUUUGGAUUAUUUGAUCUUGAAGGUAGCUCCCAGCGAGGAGAGAGGAGUCCUACAAGCCGGAGGCAUUCUGCAGGUAUGAAAUAUCAAAGCCUCAUAAUUUUCCCUCCAUAUGUAAAAACAAUGAUCUUGAGGGUUUUUCUGGAUUUAAGCUGAAUACCAUCUCCUUUAAGACUGUGAUGAAGAAGCAGCACUACCUCCACAACUAGGUGAAAGCUAACACCAAUCUUGAACCUACAAAAGGAGGUCUGGGAAAGUCUACAUGAUCUACAUGAUUGAGUCAAAUAUGGAAAGAAACCCAGAGAAGGAAGAAGAAAUGGCUGGUUCUAAGGGGUGGUUGUCAUUCAGAGAUGUGGCCAUUGAUUUCUCUGCAGAGGAAUGUGAAUGCCUGGACGCUGCUCAGUGGGAUUUGUAUAGCGAUGUGAUGUUGGAGAAUUACAGCAACCUUGUCUCUCUGGGUCUUGCUUUCUCUAAGCCCUAUCUGGUCACAUUUCUGGAAAAAAGACAACAGUCUUGGGAUGUGAAACAACAAGCAACAGUGGCUACAUACCCAGGAACAAAACCCUAUAAAUAUAAAGAAUGUAACAAGACCUUUGUUCGGAAGUCACUCCUUAUUCAACAUCAGAGAGUUCAUACAGGAGAGAAACCCUACAAAUGUGAACAAUGUGGCAAAGCUUUUAGCUGUUCUUCAAGCCUUACCCCACAUCAAAGAAUUCACACUGGAGAGAAACCCUACAAAUGUGAACAGUGUGGUCAGGCUUUUAACUGUUCUUCUCACCUGUAUAAGCAUCAGAGAAUUCACACUGGUGAGAAACCCUAUAAAUGCCCAGAAUGUGGCAAAGCUUUUAACUGGUCUUCAAGCCUUACCCAGCAUCAAAGAAUUCACAGCGGAGAGAAACCCUACAAAUGUGAAGAAUGUGGCUUGUCCUUUAACUGUUCUCACCUGUAUAGGCACCAGAGAAUUCACACGGGUGAAAAACUUUACAAAUGCGAAGAAUGUGGCAAGGCCUUCAACUGUUCUUCAUAUCUUAAUUACCAUCAGAUACUUCAUACUGGUGAUAAACCCUACAAAUGUAGAGAAUGUGGCAAAGCCUUUACCAUGGUUUCUUACCUUACUCGACACCAGAGAAUUCAUACUGGAGAAAAACCCUAUAAAUGUAAAGAAUGUGACAAAGCUUUUAGCAAUUGUUCAGCACUAAUUCAACACCAAAGAAUUCAUACUGGAGAGAAACCCUACAAAUGCAGCGAAUGUGGCAAAGCCUUUAAUAAUAGUUCAAGCCUCACUCAUCACCAAAGAAUUCACACUGGAGAGAAACCUUAUGAGUGCAAAGAAUGUGGCAAGGCCUUUAACUCUUCUUCACACCUUAAUUAUCAUCACAGAAUUCAUACUGGAGAGAAACCCUAUAAAUGUGAAGAAUGUAGCAAAGCCUUUAAUAAUUUUUCAGCCCUUAUUCAACACCAAAGAAUUCAUACUGGAGAGAAACCCUACAAGUGUGAAAAAUGUAGCAAAGCAUUUAAUAAUUGUUCAGCUCUUAGUCAGCACCAAAGAAUCCAUACUGGAGAGAAACCCUAUAAGUGUGAAAAAUGCGGACAGGGCUUUAACUGUUCUUCAAACCUUAAACAACACCAAAGAAUUCAUACUAGAGAAAAACUCUACAGCUGUGAAGAUUCUGGGAAAGCCUUUAAUAAUGGGGAAGCCCUUCCUCAAUACCAUAGAAUCCAUACGUACUAAAUCCAUAUGUACUAAAGAGUAACCCUAUAAAUGCAGAGAUGGAGGCAAUGUGUUAAACAGUUAUGUUAUACUUUUGCAACAUCAAAAUUUUAUAUGUAAGAGAAACCCUACAAAUGAAAAUAUGUGUCAGAUCCUUUAUUCAUGCCAUAAUCAAUGAGCAGGGAUUAUGUAUUGGUAAGAAACCUUGCAAAUAGAAAUAAUGUUGCACAGCUUUUAACGGAAGCUUGAUCUUCACUAGCCAUCAGUGAGUUCAUACUAGAUAGAAACUUUAUACAGGUAAUGACUAGGGGCAAGUUAGUCUAAUAUUUGUACCUCAGAAAAGCAAAAUACUUAAACUACAAAACAUGUAAAUAAAAAGAAUAUAAGCAAGUCUUUCUGCACACCUCAGAUCUUACUGAAUAUAAGGAAAUUAUUAUGAGACAAAUCCAGUGAGUAUAUGGAAUGUCACAAAAACUUGAGGACUUGGUUAUAAUUUACAGGGCAUCAUUAUUUGAUAUAAUGUAAAGAAAUAUCACAGACUUCAGAAUCUGGCAGAUAACUUAUCUCUGUAAGAAUAUCAAUGUAGUAUAAAAUUGAAUUUACUAUAUAGCCUCACUUUUCAAAACUAAAUGAAGAACAGAUCUCAAAUUAUUAUAUCAAAAGAACAAAACUGGUUCUCGAGAGUUAUUUUCUUCCAGAGGCCAUAUGUUAGAUUUUGAAGUGUAGUUUUAGUAAAUAAAAGUGUUUCUUAAAGUAUUAUCAUUGUUGUAUAUUAGAUGACAUAAUUCUAUCACAAAUAAAAGUUUUCCACUUUACUCAAGGAAACAGAUAGCAGAUUUUACUUCUAUAUUACUGGUGAUUAGUGAAAUGACUUGUCAUUCUUUGACCAGUACUUAUAUUCUUCAAGUAACUUGGAAGUUACUGUUCUGUAUGACACAGUUUUUUUCAAAAUUUUUUAAUUACUCGGAAUUUUUUUGUUCCUUCCUUUUCUCUCCUUUCUCUUCUCCAAAUACCUCUGGUAUAGUCCCUUCCCUCCUUACACAAUUUUAUGUUCUUUCUCUCUCUCUCUCCAAAAAAAAAAAAAAAACCAAAAUAAAACUUGGAAGUUUUUAAAAUAAAAAUCACUUUUUCUAACCAACUUUCGAAGUAAAAAACAUGCGUCUAGAUUAACACUCACAAGCCCUUGCCUAGACUGCACAGAAGUCAUCACAUAGGGAAGAUAUGAAGGAUCCUUUAGAGAAAACUUUAACAAAGUUUUACAAGUCAUUGACUCCAAUUUAACCCAACUGACCCUGAUAACAAAUCUAUUUACACAAACACAUGAGUCUAUGGGGGCCAUUUCUAUUCAAACUCCACAUAAUGUAAGGGAUAUUUUCAUAAUAUAUCACCCAUGUGUGAUAUAUGUCACAUUUUAUUAUUUGCUCCAGCAGAAUUCAAUAAAGAAGGCAUCUUUCCUCUAAUGUACAUUUUAAAACUUUAUAAAAAAAUUAACAGGAUGGAGAAAGGACUCAUAAAUGGUUAGGAAUACUUAUUGUUCUUGCAGAGGACAAAGGUUCUAUUCCCAACACCCAAAUUACCUGGCUCACAACCAUUUGUAACUCCAGCUCAAAGGGAUUUGGUCCUCUCCCUCUUAUGACAUAGAUGGACACCAGGCAUGCACAUGGUACUCAUACAUACAUGAAGGCAAAACACUUUAACACAUAGAAAUGAAUCUAAAAUUUCUCAAUUAAGUGGCUACACUAUAUGGAUUUAUCUCUAUUCCAUUGGUCUACAAGUCUUUUGUGCUGGUGCCAUGGUGGUUUUAUUGCUAUAACUAUAUAAGAUUAUGUAUUAUGAUACCACAAAUAUUGCCUUUCCACUAAGGAUUUUCAAAACCUUUGUGUUCUGAAUUUUAGGAUUUCUUUUCUAGGUCUAUGGAAAAUGUCAAAUGAAUUUUGAUGGGGGUUACAUAGAAUAUGUACAUUAUUUUGGGUGAUACAGCUAUUUUUACAAUUAAGUCAUGACAUUUUUUUUCGUCACUUGACACAAGCUAGACUCUUUGCAAAGAGGGAACAUCAUUUGGGAAAGUGCCUCUAACAGAUUGGCGUGUAAGCAAGCCUGUGGGACAUUCUUUUGGUUAAUGUUGAUGUUGAAGGGCACGGCCCACUGUCGGCUGUGCCAAUCCUGGAUGAGUAGUCCUGGUGUGCAUAAGAAAGCAGGAUGAAGCCCUGGUAGCUCGUGUCUCUAGCAGCAUUCCUCCAUGGUCUCUGCUUUAGUUUCUGCCUCCAGCUUUCUGUUUUGAGUUGCUGCUCUGACUUCCCCUGAUGGAUUGAGACCUGUGAUGUGAAAUAAAUCCUUUCUCCUCCAA